AGGAAGAGAAGACUUUGAGAAGGAAUACAAGAUGAAGUCUUGACGACUUUUGAUCCCCAAUUCCUCUCUAAAUACGCGGAAUUCCUAGGGUUUGUCCCUCCCGUCAAAUCCCUGAUUACCCAGAAAAAGGAAAACCAAAUCAGUUCUUCUCAAUCUUAUCAGUUCGAUCCAGCUGAGGGUAAUUGAAUUAGGAUGGGGACUCCACAAUUCCCAGAUCUCGGAAAACAUUGCAGCGUCGAAGAUUGUAAACUGAUCGACUUCUUGCCUUUCACUUGUGACCGCUGCCACCUGGUAUAUUGCCUGGAACAUCGGAGCUAUAUUAAACAUUGCUGUCCAAAAGCUGAUAAAAAAGAUGUCACCGUUGUCGUGUGUCCAUUAUGUGCUAAAGGAGUUCGCUUGAUUCCGGAUGAAGAUCCGAACAUCACAUGGGAAAUGCAUGUUAAUACUGAAUGUGAUCCAUCAAAUUAUGACAAGGUCACAAAGAAGAAAAAAUGCCCGGUUCCUGGCUGCAGGGAAGUCUUGACAUUUUCGAACACAAUCAAGUGUAGGGACUGCACGAUAGAUCAUUGCUUAAAGCACCGUUUCGGGGCCGAUCACAAAUGUCCCGGACCUAAGAAACCUGGAACCAGCUUUCCAUUUAUGGGUAUUUUAAGCAGGAGUAAGAAAGAAACAAAAACCAACCAAGCUCCUGCUACAUCUUCAUCUAAAUGGGCGACAAGCUUUCUUAAUGCAGCUUCAACUGUUCGAGCCUCGGCCGAAGCAAGCAUGACCAAAUUGGGUAGUGAAAUUAGUCAAAAGCUGCAAAUUGCGAGGGGCGGAGUUGGGCCGAGUAGCAGCAGCGGUGGGAGCGCAGAGCCAGCCGAGGAGUGCCCCCAAUGCGGGGCGAAGUUUUCUUCAGUUGCAACAUUGGUGGACCAUGUGGAGAAGGUACACGAAAGGAACAACCGGUCUCGAGUCUUUAAGAUGUCUAUCGACGUCUGCCCCAAGUGCAGUAAAGGGUUUCGCGAUCCGGUUGCCCUCGUAGAGCAUGUUGAGAGGGAUCAUGGUGGCAUUUCGAAAGCUUGAAGGGUUUUGGACUGCAAAAUUUGUGAAAUGCAUAUUGCUGGAUAGGUGAUCGAAUCAUCUUGUAUUGCUUACAUUCUUUUGGUGGAAACUGGAAAGUUGCUUUAAAGAACUCAGCUUCAGAUCUAAUCAUUUCGACUUCCAAUCUAUUUGUUUCAUGUAACCUUAAACUUUAAGGAUGCAUUUUGUC